UCAAACCGGAACUUCAGCUCUUCCCUGGCUCCGCAGAUGCAAGACCCUCAAACCGGAAUAUCAGCUCCUCCACCGGUGCGCGGCUGCACCAUCCUCAAACCGGAACAUGAGCUCCUCCCUGGAUCCGCGGCUGCAAGACCCAGAAACCGGAACAUCAGCUCCUCCUCGGGUCCAUGGCUGCACCACCCUCAAACCAGAACAUCAGCUCUUACCCGGGUCUGCGGCUGCAAGACCCCCAAACUGGAACAUCAGCUCCUCCCCAGGUCUGCGGCUGCAAGACCCCCAAAGCGGAACAUCACCUGCUCCCCAGGUCUGUGGCUGCAAGACCCCCAAACCGGAACAUCAGCUCCUCCCCGGGUCUGCGGCUGCAAUACUCCCAAACGGGAACAUCAGCUCCUUCCCAGGUCUGCGGCUUCAAGACCCCCAAACGGGAACAUUAGCUCCUCCCCGGGUCUGCAGCUGCACGACCCUCAAACCGGAACAUCAGUGCCUCCCCGGGUCUGCCACUGCACGACCCUCAAACCGGAACAUCGGCUCCUCCCUGAGUCUGCGGCUGCAUGACCCUCAAACUGGAACAUCAGCUCUUCCCCGUGUCUGCGCCUGCAAGACCCUUAAACCGGAACAUCAGCUCCUCCCCGGGUCUGUGGCUGCAAGACCCUUAAACUGGAACAUCAGCUCCUCCCUGGGUCUGCGGCUGCAAGACGCCCAAACCAGAACAUCAGCUCCUUCCCGGGUCGCAGCUGCAAGACCCUCAAACCGGAACAUCAGCUCCUCCACAGCUCCGCGGCUGCAAUACUCUGAAACCAGAACAUCAGCUUCUCCCCGGGUCCGCGGUUGCGGGACCCUCAAACCGGAACAUCAGCUCCUCCCCGGGUCUGCGGCUGCAAGAUCCUCAAACCGGAACAUCGGCUCCUCUCCAUGUCUGCAGCUGCAAGAUCCUCAAACUGAAAAAUCAGCUCCUCACCGGGUCUCCAGCUACACGGCCCUCAAUCUACAACAUCAAUGCCUCUCCGGGUCUGCAGCUGCAGGGACCUCACGGUAGAACAUCAGCUACUCCCCGAGCUAGAACACCUCUCCCACCUGGAUCUCCAGCUCCACGACCCUCACACAACAGCCACACCGGCUCCUUCAUUUGUCUUCAGCUCCUCAACCUAAGACAUCAGCGGCAGCACCGGCUCCUCCCUGGACGUCCAGCUCAAUGACUCUCAGAUUUAAAAGGCAGCACCUGUUGCUCCCCAAGGCUCCAUCUCCACCACCCUCAGAUUUGAACAGUGGUAGCACCAGCUCCUCUCCAGGUCUUCAGCCCCACGACCCUCCCUGAACAAUCCCUUCUCAUGAAAUUCAGCCGUCAAGAAAACUGCAGCCAAAGUAAAUGAAUACAUGUUUUGUUUUCAAAUCGUUAUCUCUUUUAUGUUCGUGAGUUAACUUUUCUACUUUCCAUUAGCCUUGCAAUCUACUUAUGCCCAAUGUGAAACAGAAAUGCACCAUUUGAAAUCACGUUUAAAAACUUCGUAGUAUUUUUAAAUAAAAUCAUCACACAGCUGUA